CGGGAACGGCCCGCCCCGCAGGCACGAGCUGCUGCAUUUACCGCUGAUCCGCAGCGGCGUGUUUGGCUCUACGCUGUUUGUUGCGCACUUUACAGUAGGGGUUUUAAUCAGCCAAAAAGAAGACUCCCAAGAGACAGAUUUCAUCGGCUUUUAAAAUAAAUAUAUAUAAAAGGACCCACAAUGGCCACUGAUUCGGGCUACGGUGGCGCGCAAAGCUAUGGCUCAUAUGGAGGAGGCCAACAAGGUAGCCAGGGAUAUGCACAAGGAAAUAGCGGGGGAUCUUAUGGAGGACAGAAUUAUACUGGCUAUGGACAACAAGACAGUUAUGGCCAGUCUCAGCAACAGAGCUAUAAUAACUAUGGGCAAGACUCCUCCGGGUAUGGGGACAAGCCCUCUUAUGGGCAGCAGGGAUCUGCGUCUUACGGACAACAGGGCUCUUAUGGUGGUCAGGGACAAGGAGGAGACAGUUAUGGACAGGGCCAGGGCAGCAGUGGCGGAUAUGGUGGCCAGGGCGGCAGCGGCGGUGGCGGUGGCAGCAGUGGUGGAGGAUAUGGUGGUCAAGGGCAAGGAGGUGGUGGUGGCGGCAGUGGAUAUGGAAGAUGGAAUGAAGGUGAAGGUGGUGGUCAGGGUGGGAGGUUUGGGCGUGACUAUGGAGACCGCUCAGAAGGAGGGGGCUACAGAGGCCGAGGCCGUGGUGGCAGCGGUGGCUAUGAUCGUGGUGGUUAUGACCGCAGUGGUGGCUAUGACCGUGGUGGAUACGAUCGCGGUGGAAGAGGUGGACCUCCUGGUAUGGGAGGUGGUGACCGUGGUGGCUACAAAAAUUACGGUGGAUCUCGAGACUACGGCUCAAGGGAUGAACCAGCUGCAGAGCAGGACAACUCUGACAACAACACCAUUUUUGUACAGGGACUUGGAGAAGACGCCACAGUGAAGGAAGUUGGAGACUUCUUUAAGCAGAUUGGCAUCAUUAAGGUGAAUAAGAAGACUGGCCAACCAAUGAUCAACAUCUACUCUGACAAGGCCACUGGGCGACCAAAGGGUGAAGCUACAGUGUCCUUUGAUGACCCUCCGUCCGCCAAAGCUGCUAUUGAGUGGUUUGAUGGAAAGGAUUUCAAUGGUAAACCCAUCAAAGUGUCAUUCGCCACCCGCAGAGCUGAGUUCACACAGAGGGGAGGUGGCAGAGGGGGACGAGGAGGUUUCAGAGGUCGUGGUGGUGGGGGUGGUGGAGGACCCAAUUUUGACAUUAAGGGAGGAGACUGGCCUUGUCCCAACAGCUCUUGUGGCAACAUGAAUUUUGCCCGGCGACAGGAGUGUAACAAGUGCGGCGCACCCAAACCAGGAGAUGCAGGAUUUGGAGGUGGAGAUCGUGGUGGCAGAGGUGGUUAUGGCGGCGACAGAGGCGGUGGCUUUAGAGGGCGUGGAAGUUUCCGCGGGGGUGACCGUGGAGGCUUCGGAGGAGGCGGUGGUGGCGGUGGAGGAUUUGGAGGAGGUGGCUACAAAAUGGGAGGAAGAGGUGACCGCAGGGACGACAGGCGAGACCGGCCGUACUGAGCACUCGGAAGAAGAAAACCAUUCCAGCCCUUAAGUUUGCUGUGAAGGGAAGAUUUAGUUUGGGGGAGGACUUAACUCUUGGAGGGGGAAGAGGGUUUAGAUCAGAUGUGAUUUGUCUACUGUAGCUGGUGCAUCCUUAGUAUUACUGUUCACCUGUGAGUGGGGGAUGUGUUGGGCUGAUUGGCAUGUAGGCAUGUGGUCAAUUUUUUUUCUUUUUUUUUUUUUAUCAUUUCAUUUCUUUGUACGUCCUUUUUAAUUUUCUGUCAGAUUCUAGUUGCUGAUCUGUGAGGUAGACUUCAUACCAUUGUUUUGUAUAAACAGAAUAAAAUGUUUUACUUGGCUUUUUUUUUCUUUUGUUUUUCUCCAAAUUAUAUUAAACUGUGAUCUUUUC